AUGCUUCCUAGACUCUGCAACUGUAUGAAUCAAGACACAAAGAAGAACAAGCAUACUAACACAUCUUCAAAUUCUUUUCUAGGGAGAUUACGGAAGGAAUCGAAGGACGAAACAGACAAAUUAAUAUGUACCGUCACUCGAGAGGAAGACGGCUCGAAAACCUUCACGUGUCUCACGUGCAGCAACACUUUCAAGCAGCGCCAGUACUUCAGGCUGCACUACAAGCACGUGCACUUGAAACAGCGCCCGAAGACCCGCCCCUGCACUAUCUGCGGGGCCCAGCUGACCCCCCACAAACACGCCAGACACUUGGAACAGGUCCACGGCAAACCGGCCCCCUCUUGCGGGGCGUGCGGCAAGAAAUUCUCCUUCCCCUUCGAAGUCAUCCGCCACCACAAAACCUUUCACAUGGGGGAGAAACACUUCCAAUGCGAUAAAUGCUCCAUGACGUUCUCGCACAAGAAAAACUUAAAUCUCCACAUAAUGAAGCAUGAGGAUAUAAAGAAGUUUAAGUGUAAAUUAUGUGGGAAGGCUUUCAAGUGGAGGAAUAACUUAACUGAGCAUGAGAAGACACACGUAAAGAUUAAGAAACAUGUUUGUACCGUGUGUGAGGCCGCUUUUGUGAAGCAUAGGAGUUUGCAACACCACGUCAAACUAAGACAUCCAGAGGCGAUAUAAGU